AUGCCCCUCGCCAAAAGGAAGGUCCAGCCAGAGUUUGUCUGCCGGGAAACGAUACCGAAAAAUGCGCAAGGAAGUGAACUUCGCUAUCGAGCCAGCGGAACUCUCUGCAAUCUGAUCAGACAACUCGCUUCGCUGAGUAAAAACGCUGAAGACGUUUUUGGCGAAAUCUACCAUGAAUCGAUGCGGUUGGAGCACAAGGCCACAGGGCUGCAACAAAGAAUGGAACGUUUAGCGACGAGGAUAGAUGAUUUGGUGGAAGAAGGCGAACAGCCAAAGCUGGAAGAGCUGCAGAUUAAGCCGUUCAAAAGCAGCUGUCUGAUCGAUCAGCACUCGUUCGAAAGAACUACUUUGCCGACGGCGCUUGAGGAAUUCUACACAAAAUGCGACCCACCGCCAAAUCUCAACGAAUUCAACCGGUUCCGAGGGGACGUCGCACCGGCUUUAUCCCUCUAUUCGAAUCCAUCGUUUUUCUUCGAUUUGUGGAGGCAGGAGAUGUUGAAGGAUUGCGUUGAAGUGCGACGACGUGCCAAAUCUCCCUCAAACAGCCCACGCAAAAAGAAGAACAAACAGAGACCGAUGGACGCGGAUGCGGAGGCCAGGCAAUUGGAGCGUCAGCAUCAACGGCAACAACAGAGGCACCUGGCUUCACUACGUCCAGCGCCCGUGGGGGUACUUUCAUUCCCCGAAGAAUAUCAAGCACCGCAAGCGCUGGGGCUUCAACUUGGCCAUUCGCAGUCUGCUCGUGAUCAGCCCUUGCCACCUCCUCCAGCCCAUCUCGUUGCGCCAGUUGGUAUGUCAAUGCCACCUCCAAUGGCAAGCAUUUCUCAACCGCACCACGAGGUCGUACACGGAAGAACCCCGCCUCGACAAUUGCCACCUCCCGAUCUGACUAUGCUCAACAUUGAUGACGAUGAGGACGAUCUGCCACCGCCUCCACCUGUGGCCGCGAUGCAUGCCUCGAUUGUACAACAACUACCAACGCCUCCGGAUGACCAUAUGAAGAUGGUUCCCACUCAAGAAGCACAGUUACCGGUGGCUGCUCCAGCUCCACCUCCUCCGCCGCCCCCACCCCCACCACCUGGCUUGUUAGCUGGCCAGACGUCAUUUACAGUUGUCAAACGUGAAGCAACGGAUGGCGCAUCUACUUCACAACCAAAACCAGUCACCGACACGCGAAGCAAUCUACUGCUCGAAAUUCAAUCUGGAAUCACGUUGAAGAAGGUGCGAAAUCAACAAGCCGAAGAAGAAGCGCGUGCGGCCCAGGAGUCGAAUGACGUAGCCGCGAUUCUCAGGCGCCGGAUGGAGAGCAUAAUGGGGAAAGGCGGAGAAGAUAGUCAGAGCGAUGACUCGGAUGAUGCAUCUUGGGAUGCC